CUGCACGUCCCCCCGAGCCCACACCGGCCAAGCCCUGGCAGUGCCACGUCCCUGUCCCGCUGGCACCGGCGCCCUGGGAAAGGCAGCAGCCCCUAAUCCCCGUGCCGAGCGGGGACAUUGUCCGGGGGCAGAAAGGAAAGCGGUGCGUCAGGCCCUUGGCCCAUUGUGCCCUGAGCCCCUGCGCAAACACAGCCCAGCACUUGCAUUGUCAGCGCCGGGGGGGCGCGGGGGGGCCGCUCUCGCCACGCUGCCUGAGUGGAAUGGACAGCGGCAGCCCGGCUGGGUGGGCGCCCCGGCCUCCCCCCCCCCCCCCGCUGACACAGCGCCUGCCCCCCCACCGCCACCCCCAUUUCCCCUAUAUAGGGCCCGGGGAAAAGCUGGCCCCGGCACCGCCACCUUCGCCUCUGUGCCCUGCGACCAACCGAGCUCCCCGCAUGACCAGCGAAGCCAUGGACACCCUGGGGCAGUACAAGAUCACGGUGUGGGAGGAGGAGAGCUUCCAGGGCAAGCGCUGCGAGUUCCUCAUGGAGUGCCCCAGCAUCAUGGAGCGCAGCUUCCGCAAGAUCCGCUCCAUCAAGGUGGAGUCGGGCCCCUGGGUGGGCUUCGAGUACCCCGAGUACCAGGGCCAGCAGUUCAUCCUGGAGAAGGGCGACUACCCCCGGUGGGAGGCCUGGAGCGGGAACAGCGGCUACCGCACCGAGCACCUCCUCUCCUUCCGGCCCGUCAAGUGCGCCAACCACAACGACAGCAAAGCCAUCCUGUACGAGGCGGAGAACUUCCAGGGGCACAAGUUCGAGCUGAGCGACGACUACCCCUCGCUGCAGGCCAUGGGCUGGGGCAACAAGGAGGUGGCGUCCAUCAAAGUGAACGCUGGAGCGUGGGUGGCGUACCAGUACCCAGGCUACCGGGGCUACCAGUACGUGCUGGAGCGGGACAGGCAGAACGGCGAGUACAAGAAGUACAGCGAGUACAGCAGCCAGGCCCACACCAACCAGAUCCAGUCCAUCCGCCGCAUCCAGCACUGAGCAGGGGCAGGGCGUGCGCCCCCGCAGCCCCCGGCUGCCGUGCCGUAGACCUGUACCUGGUAGCGAAUAAAGGCAUUUGUCAAAAAAAAAAAA